AUGAGAGAAAUCAUCAGCAUUCACAUCGGUCAGGCCGGGAUCCAGGUCGGAAACUCCUGCUGGGAACUCUACUGCCUCGAACAUGGCAUUCAGCCCGACGGCAUGAUGCCAAGUGACUCCUCCUUCGGAGUUGCACACGACGCCUUCAAUACCUUCUUCAGCGAAACCGGAUCCGGGAAGCACGUCCCCCGCGCCGUCUUUGUCGAUCUCGAACCCACCGUCAUUGACGAAGUCCGAUGCGGCUCCUAUCGCCAACUCUUCCACCCCGAACAACUCAUCUCCGGCAAGGAAGAUGCCGCCAACAACUUCGCCAGAGGCCACUACACCGUUGGCAAAGAGAUCGUAGAUCUGUGCCUUGAUCGUGUCCGCAAGCUCGCUGACAACUGCACUGGCCUCCAGGGCUUCCUCGUCUUCAAUGCCGUUGGCGGGGGUACUGGCUCCGGACUCGGAUCCCUCCUUCUGGAGCGUCUCUCCGUGGAUUAUGGCAAAAAGUCCAAACUAGGGUUCACCAUUUACCCUUCCCCCCAGGUUUCAACCGCCGUUGUUGAACCCUACAACAGCGUUCUAUCGACCCACUCCCUCCUGGAGCACACAGAUGUGGCUGUCCUCUUGGACAAUGAAGCCAUCUACGACAUCUGCAGGAGAUCCCUUGACAUCGAGAGACCCACCUACACCAACUUAAACCGCCUCAUCUCCCAGAUCAUUUCUUCCUUGACCACCUCCCUUAGGUUCGAUGGCGCCAUCAAUGUCGACAUCACCGAGUUCCAAACCAAUCUUGUUCCAUACCCUCGCAUCCAUUUCAUGCUCUCUUCCUAUGCCCCGGUUAUCUCUGCUGCCAAGGCCUACCAUGAGCAGUUAUCCGUCCCUGAGAUCACCAAUGCCGUGUUUGAGCCUGCCAGCAUGAUGGCUAAGUGUGAUCCCAGACACGGAAAGUACAUGGCUUGCUGCUUGAUGUACCGUGGAGAUGUUGUUCCCAAGGAUGUCAAUGCUGCUGUUGCCACCAUCAAGACUAAAAGGACUGUUCAGUUUGUUGAUUGGUGUCCUACUGGAUUUAAGUGUGGUAUCAACUACCAGCCUCCUUCUGUUGUUCCUGGGGGUGACCUUGCUAAGGUGCAGCGUGCUGUAUGCAUGAUUAGCAACAACACUGCUGUUGCUGAGGUGUUCUCUCGCAUUGACCACAAGUUUGAUCUGAUGUACGCUAAGAGGGCCUUUGUUCACUGGUAUGUUGGUGAGGGAAUGGAGGAAGGGGAGUUCUCUGAGGCUCGCGAGGAUCUAGCUGCUCUUGAGAAGGACUAUGAAGAGGUUGGAGCUGAAGGAGCAGAAGAUGAGGAUGAAGGAGAGGAUUAUUGA